AUGCAUGGAGCACUGCUGAUGAUGGCACCAGGAAAUAUAUCAGGAAAGAGAGCUGUACAUGCCACUGUUGCCACUCAGCACACAUCAGCUUUUCUUUCUCUUAGCUUACAGCCAGUAUAUGGAGCACAGCACCCUCCUCUGGACCCACGCAGACACCGUCCAUUAAAAGAUGCUCCAAAGGCCAGCAGUGUGCACACCAAAUCCAAAAAACCUUCCACUUUCCACGAAUUUGCUCGGAGCACCAAUGAUGCAUGGGACAUUGAUGAUGAAGAAGAUGACGGUAUGUUUAGUCUUAAACAGCUCUCAUCUUCACCUGUCCAAUCACGAUCCAUGCCUCAAACACCCUGCCUCAAAAUCAUCAAAACCCCAGAAGACACAGAGCCACUGCCCCCCACACUGGACCGGCAGGAACCAAUCAGCACAAACCCCAAUCAAGAUCGACUGGAUAUAGAAAGCGGUCCAGCCAAUGGCAGGGUGGUCAAGUCCAGUAGUGACGCCCAGCUGAAUGUUAAUGCAGCUCGCAAUACCCUGCAAAAACAGCAGUCACUUCCUGUGCGGCCCAUCGUUCCAUUGGUUGCACGCAUUUCAGACCAAAAUGCCUCUGGAGCUCCGCCCAUGACGGUGAGAGAGAAGACUCGAUUGGAUAAAUUCAAGCAGCUACUUGCCAGUCCCAACACAGACUUGGAAGAGUUACGGAAGCAUAGUUGGUCGGGAAUCCCUCGUGAAGUUCGGCCAGUCACCUGGAGACUCUUAUCAGGCUAUCUUCCAGCCAAUAGAGAACGAAGGGAUCUGGUUCUCCAGAGGAAGAGGGAGGAGUAUUUUGGCUUCAUCGAACAGUAUUACCACUCCAGAACAGAUGAGAAUCACAGAGACACAUACAGACAGAUUCACAUCGAUAUCCCGAGGACGAACCCUUUGAUUCCUUUGUUCCAGCAGCCGCUGGUGCAGGAGGUGUUCGAGCGGAUUCUGUUCAUCUGGGCCAUCCGUCACCCCGCUAGUGGAUACGUGCAGGGCAUUAAUGAUCUGGUCACUCCCUUUUUUGUGGUCUUCCUCUCUGAAUUCGUGGAGGAAGACGUGGAAAAUUUCGAAAUGGCAAGCUUGCCUCUGGAUACGCAACGAAACAUUGAAGCCGACAGCUUUUGGUGCAUGAGCAAAUUGCUGGAUGGGAUACAGGACAACUACACAUUUGCCCAGCCUGGGAUUCAGAUUAAAGUGAAGGCGCUGGAAGAGCUCGUUAGCAGAAUAGAUGAGGAUGUCCACGUGCACUUUCAGAAGUGUGAGGUGGAGUAUCUGCAGUUUGCUUUCCGCUGGAUGAAUAAUCUGCUGAUGCGGGAGCUGCCGCUGCGCUGUACCAUUCGCCUGUGGGACACCUACCAGGCGGAGUCGGAGGGAUUCUCCCAUUUUCACCUGUACGUGUGCUCUGCCUUCCUCAUCAAAUGGCGCAAAGAGAUCCUCUCCAUGGUGGACUUUCAGAGCCUGUUAAUGCUCCUGCAGAACCUUCCCACAAUACACUGGGGCAACGAAGAGGUGGGUUUGCUACUGGCGGAGGCCUACAGACUCAAAUACAUGUUCGCUGACGCUCCGAGCCACUACAAGAGAUGAGAACCCGUAAGCAGACCGCGGCGCGACCCUGCGAAACCCAGACUGUGAUCCGACCAAACAACGGGAUCAGUCCAAACGGCUCUUCUUUGCUCGGUUUAAUCUGACACAGCAAAGAUAGAGCUCAACAAUUUUCUCCAAUGACGUCAAAUUUGUUACAAUUCACGAUCAAGAACGAGACGCCGGGUUAAACAACCACGAACAAAACGGAUAUUUUGUAAAAAACAUUGAUCUAAAGAUCUUGAUGGCUGACAGUUCAAUUUGCCUGCAGAUGACUUCAGAAGAUAACUGACAGUGAGAUGCCGAGGAACAGAAAGCGAUUAUCAAACUGAAAACAGAAGGACUUGGCAUCCUAGGCUUCCCCGCAUCUUCCUCUAUUUGUUACCUCAGAUGUGGAGCAACCACCUCUCGUUUUUAUUACUUGACAGGACCUCUUUUUUUUUUUUUUUGUCCUCCCUCGCCGAUGUUCUCGUGUUUUGUGUUAUUAGACCGUAAUGUGAUCUCCUUGGCCCUUUUGCUCAUUGCCACAUUGAUUGUACCACACGCAGGUACACGGGUCGAUUCCCAUCCGUAAUCACUCUGUGUUAUUGAAGCUCUGCAAUACAUGAAACUAUGGCAGCCGUAUACGGUCAUUUCUCAAGAGGCGCAGCUGAGCGUUUCGGAUUCGAAGAAUCAAUAUGCAACCGCCUGAGCAAUGUGUUUGGGUUUUUAUGUUUUUUGAAUCGCAAGGCUGUGAAUUUUAACAAUCCUUAAACAGUGGCUUUGUAUGCAUAUGAAGCACAAUUAUUUCUUAGAAAAUGAGUACUUUUAGAGCUUUAGUAUUAGCAUUCGACUACUACUGAGGUAA